CGGUGAAGUGCGAAGGCAUUGUUUAUUGGCAGUUUCGCCACUCAGAGGCCAAGAGACGUUGUUGUGACAGUCAGAUCACACAAGGCAGAUGACAGGGCAAACGGCACGGACCCUCCGUGCGUCCACCGGUGAAGACGAAAGCAACGUCUGUAGAAGUGGUUCGCGCAACUUCGCGGACUCCGGUGAAGGCUAGGGUGUGCUCCUCUCUUCGUUGCAGAGAGGAAAUGAUCUGUCGAGCGGAAAGCCGAGAUCAAGGUCGCGAAGGAUGUGUGAACAACAAAAGCAAGCUUGACCGACGGAGAAUUGGCGGACGUCGCGCGAGCAAGCGCCGUAAGGUGCAGGUAUUGCGGUCAAUCAAAGAGCAGAACCUUGCAGCUGAGAGCGAUCAUUCCCCUCUACAUGCAUCGCGCAUCUCCAUGUGCAACAUUUCGCCGGGUCUGCUCCAGGGGCGCCACGCCUACAGGACACAGAAGGGUGCCGAAAGAGUGGGCCUGCCAUGUGCCUCAACAGUCAUCAUCAACGCCGAUCAAGAUGCGUGGCUUUGAUGGCCUGUAUGGGAGCUGGGCCGGAAGUUAGAAUGUGUUUGUU